AUGUUCGGGUACCAGAAGGGCGUCGACGUCGAGGCGGGGACCUCGGGCGGCGCGCGCCAGCUCUACCCGGGGAUGCAGGAGAGCCCCGAGCUGCGCUGGGCGCUCAUCCGCAAGAUCUACGUCAUCCUCUCCCUCCAGCUGCUCCUCACCGCCGUCGUCGCCGCCGUCGUCGUCAAGGUCCGCGCCAUCCCCACUUCUUCACCACCACCAACGCCGGGCUCGGACUCUACAUCUUCCUCAUCAUCCUCCCCUUCAUCGUUAGAAUCAGAUUCUGAUGCCCAUGUCCUAAUACCUGCGAAAUCUGCUAGUCCUGCCAGCGAGUUGUUGGUCGAUUUGGUAAAGUUUGGAGGGAUUCUGUCAAAGUGGAAAUGGAGGAGCCUUGCGUGUUCUCAUCCGUGCACGCAUAGGUGCCGUUACCUUGUGGCAAGAGUGUUUUUCGUGUUGUGCCCGCUGUACUUCUACCAUGAGAAGCACCCAGUCAACCUGAUCCUGCUCGGCCUCUUCACCGUCGCCAUCAGCUUCUCUGUCGGCUUGACAUGUGCCUUCACCAGUGGCAAGGUCAUUCUGGAGUCUGCAAUUCUGACAACAGUGGUUGUGCUCAGCCUGACUGCAUACACUUUCUGGGCCGUGAAUAGGGGCAAAGACUUCAGCUUCCUGGGUCCUUUCCUGUUCGCCUCCCUGAUAGUGCUGCUUGUGUUCGCACUCAUCCAGAUACUGUUCCCACUGGGCAAGCUCUCCCAGAUGAUCUACGGCGGGCUGGCGUCGCUCAUCUUCAGUGGGUACAUCGUCUACGACACGAACAACAUAAUCAGGCGCUUCACGUACGACCAGUAUGUCUGGGCCGCCGUCUCCCUCUACCUGGACGUCAUCAACCUCUUCCUGUCCCUGAUGACCCUCUUCAGGGCAGCCGACUAG